UCCAGCGGCAAACACCGACACACUCCCUAUCCCUCAAACAGGGGAAUAAAGACGGAGCGGCGGCAGGAGCAGGACUGACUCCCCGGUGCGCAACAUCCAUGGUCCUCACCUGGAUGUCUGUUUGACAGGAGGGUUGGUGUUACAACAGUGCCAAGCCCUUAGUCGGAGUUGAAGAAAGCAAAAGAGGAGUCCUCCCAGAAGACAGGGGCGGCAGCAGGCAUGCAGGACUCUGCCUCGGACAGCAAGAUGGCCAAACAGGAACAGAACUCCAAGCAUCUAGACGAACACAGAGAAACAGAUGACAUGUCUGAGAAGACCUCGCCAAACAAGAAUCUCAAAUCUCCCCAGAAAGGCUCCAAACGUCUUAAAACCGCUCCCUUCAAGGUGACCCUACUGGACUCCUCCGAGUAUGAGGGAGAAAUUGAGAAACACUCCAAAGGACAGACCCUGAUGGACAUGGUGUGUGAACACCUGAACCUACUGGAGAAGGACUACUUCGGUCUGACCUUUUCCGACACAGACACGCAGAAGAACUGGUUGGACCCCUCCAAGGAAAUCAAGAAGCAGAUGCGCAACUCUCCAUGGCUCUUCGCUUUUGCUGUCAAGUUCUACCCUCCAGACCCGUCACAGCUCACUGAGGAUAUCACCAGAUACUACCUGUGUCUGCAGCUGAGGGAUGACAUGCUGUCAGGUCGGCUGCCAUGCUCGUUCGUCACUCACGCCCUCUUGGGCUCCUACGCCGUUCAAGCCGAGCUCGGAGACUACGACCACGAUGACCACGGCUCCGACUACGUCAGCGAUUUCCACUUUGCCCCCAACCAGACUCGCGAGCUGGAGGAGAGGGUGAUGGAGCUCCAUCGAAACUACAAGGGUAUGACUCCAGCAGAGGCUGAAAUUAACUUCCUGGAGAAUGCUAAGAAACUGUCCAUGUAUGGGGUGGACCUUCAUCACGCAAAGGAUUCUGAAGGGAUUGAUAUAAUGCUGGGUGUCUGCGCCAAUGGCCUACUCAUUUACCGUGAUAGGCUUAGGAUCAACCGCUUUGCCUGGCCAAAGAUCCUCAAGAUAUCUUACAAGAGGAGCAAUUUCUACAUCAAGAUCCGUCCUGGAGAGUAUGAGCAGUUUGAAAGCACUAUCGGUUUUAAGCUUCCCAACCACAGAGCUGCCAAGAGACUGUGGAAGGUCUGCAUUGAGCAUCACACCUUCUUCAGGUUGGUGUCUCCAGAGCCUCCUCCUAAGGGCUUCCUUGUGAUGGGCUCAAAGUUUCGCUACAGUGGAAGGACGCAGGCCCAAACAAGGCAAGCUAGCGCUCUCAUAGACCGGCCAGCCCCGCACUUUGAGCGCUCCACCAGCAAGAGGUACCUGCUAUCUCGAAGCUUGGACGGAGCAGAAUUUUCACGACCGGUAUCGGCCAUGUGUGAGAACCACGAUGGCCUGUCCCACCGCAGCAUCAGCGAACAGCCUCGCCUCUGCAGCCCCUCUGUGGAUGACCAAGAAACUGAGCUUGAGCCCAGUUUGGACCAGGACCAGGACGAGGAGGACCAGGACCAAGAGCAGGUCCAGGAGAGGGAGCAAGACAAGGAGCAGGAUGGUCUCAUUACCCCCAGCAAAAAGAAAGAAAUCAAGGAGGAGGCUGGGUCACCGGUUGACAGUAAACAGGAGUUUUUGGAUAAGUCACAGGACGUCUUGCUGAAGCACCAGGCCAGUAUCAAUGAGUUGAAGAGAGCACUGAGGGAGCCGAACAGCAAGCUGAUGAACCGUGAGAAGCGUCUGUCAGGGACUUCCCCGGGUGGCACACCUGAGAAGAAGGCAUUGGUGGGCCGAGCAGUGGGAAAAGACCCUGUCAACAGCCUGUCUGUUGAGGGUUUCAUCCAGAAGACUUUGGUGACUUCACCUGAGGAGCCUCUCUCCACUCCUGCCAUUUAUGAAGAGCCGUUGGCUGAUGUCAAGAAGGAGCUCAGGGAGAGGCAGCCUCAGCUGAGCGCGGCCUCCGAGGAGGACCAGGAGCGAGGCACUGUGGCCUCCAUGAGGGAACCCCACUUGGGCAUCGAGCGCAAGUGCUCCAGCAUGACGGUCAGCUCCACGUCCAGCCUUGAGGCCGAGGUUGACUUCACCGUCAUCAUGGACCUCCACUCCGGCGCCGAAGACUUCUCCAAGGGCGUGUCUGAGCUGGGAGAGAGGGAGCAGCAGCCAGACGUGGGCCGGGAGGAUUUUGAGGAGAUGUCCAGGUUCUACUCUGCCCGUCUAAUGGGCUCCCAUGACAAGUCUCCCAUAGAUGAAAGGCUUCCUGAGGAGCGAACACACCAUGAGCCGCCGGUGGCAAAGAAAGACCCCACUGCUGUGAGCAUGGCCCACAUGCUGAAGAAGGCUGACACCAAGGUGGAGACGCACACCAACGGAUCGGAGGUCCACUCCAACGUCAUGAAUGCCUCACCGCAGCAAACGGAGGAUGACGUCAACUGUGGGGAGACAAAGGUCUCCGGCACUGACGUAACUCCGCCAGCAGAGGGAGACAUGAACUACGGCGUUGUCAGCCGGAGGGAGGCCCCUGCUGCUGUAAAAGAAAAUGGCUCACCUGUUAAAGCAGGCACCCUGGGGAGGGAGACAGUUGUUUCCCCGCUGACUGUCACCGCUGAGAACGUCACCUCAGCAACCACGACUCAAGUUACCAAGACUGUGAAAGGAGGCUACUCUGAGACCAGAAUCGAGAAGCGGAUCAUCAUUACAGGAGACGAUGAUGUGGACCAGCAUCAGGCUCUUGCUAUGGCAAUCCAGGAGGCGAAGCAGCAGCACCCCGACAUGCUGGUGACAAAAGCCGUGGUUAUCAGGGAAACAGAGUCUCCCACUGAGGAGCAGCAGCGGAAAUCAGAGUCCUGAUUGGUCGUGGUGGCUCCUGAGACGGGGGAGAGGAGAAAAACCUCCAGCUGUCUGUCUCCUGCCCCGCCCUGCAGUACGCCACCGACCCAAUGAGAGGACUUCCUUCCUUUACGCCGACACGAAAGAAGACUGCGUUCGACGAUGCAGUAGACCUCCACUCCGGUCCCUUUAGCCAAACCAACUGUGACUCAGCCUCCGACUCGACCUAGCCUCCCGUCCCGUCCCAUCCCAUCCCAUCCCAGACCUCCACCUCCCGUGGAGUAGGAGCACACCUUUAUUUUCUUGGAGUAUUUACCGUUUGGUCCAUAGAGUGCUACUAAGUGGAGUGAUGCAAGGUCAAAGUUGCUAUAAGUAUGUGCAUUUAUCCACGUGACAGUUAGAGAUCUGCUGUAGACAGACACGGCUGCUGUUUCAUUCUCCUCUGACGGACUUUGUCUAAAUCUUUAAUUGCGUAUUGUUUAAUUUAACACACUUUGCCUCCUUUGAACUCUGGGGUUCAAAUGAAUUAUGAGUUUUGAUGAUGUAAUUCUUUCCAAGGUGGAGCCAGUUGACGAAACUCCUGUCCCCCAUCACCGCUCAUGCGCCUACACACACACACACACACACACACACAUAGAUCAGCACUCCUGCAGGAAGUCAACACUGUUCCCCUCACACAUGGCUUUCCAUCGUACGAUGCACCGUGUGCUGCCGUCGUACAUGAAAAACGACUUGAGUGCAGCGGAGGGUGGAGUCAAAUGGAGCGGGAUGGGGGGGGGCGAGGGGUUCGGGGUGGGGGGUAGGGAGUUUGGGGGGGGGGGCGGAGCCAGCCUUUAAUGCUUGUUGUCACCUCCUGGCGUGACACCUUCCGUAUAAUCAACAGCUGUCUUAUUAGCUUUUUACAUUUUUAACAGUUAUAGAGGAUCUAAUUUAUGUCCAGUGUUUGCUUGUUUAUGAAAUAUGUAUCAUACUAGAUGAUUAUAAUCUGCAUGAUUCAAUACAGAAAAUAGCCGAGGGAAUGAAAAAUACACCGCGGACACGUCCGGGCCACGCGCCUGAAAUACAUAAGGCAGCGCAGAGGUGAACGGACUGAAAAACUGCGUGUGGAUCGCUGGGCCGAUGAUGGACGCGUUACGGAUGUUGACAGACUUUCCCAGAGAAGUCAACUGACGACCAAUAGGAGACAGUUUGUACGUGACUUCAGUGGACAGCAUCAGCUUGAACUCUGCUUAGUCCCAGUCUCCAAUGUUACAACCAUCACUGUCCUCGUCCCAGUUUCCCCUCACAGUUGCUGUUUUAUUUUCUGUUUUAUUUUGUGGCAUCAUCCUUAAAAAAAAAAAAAAAAAAUGCUGGUCACAUGUUUUCGGCACAAUUUUAGAGCAAAUUUAAUAUAAAUAAUGUUUUAUCUAAUACGUUUCAGAUGUGCUAUGUUUUUACUUUUUCUUACUUGAUUUUUUUUUCUCCAUCAUAAAACAGAAUCCAUGUGUUAUUCAUGCGAUCUUGGGCAAUUUAGUCUACAUCUGUAAACAUGACCCAGUCUCUCUCAAGGUUGAGAGUUAAAUAAUUUCAUCUUGUGUAAAAAAGAAAAGCCUGGCGAGCGUGACUGGUCUUCUCCUGAGUAGCAGCUACAUCUUUUGAAAUGUUCAUGUACCUGCUGUUCUCUUUCACUUGGGAUCUUCAAAAAAGAAAAAAGAAAAAAAAAAAAAAAAACAGGCUGAAAGAUCUCACCUCAAACUAGAAAUUACAGCCCAGAAUCGUGAAUGUAUGAUGUAAUGAAGAGAAAUAAUCUGGAGCUGCUUCAUUGACAGUGAAUUGGAGUCCAACUCUUGGAUUUUUUUUUUUUUUUUUUCGUUAUUGGCUCACCUUUGUUUUCAAAUAUUAAACCGUGUUUCUGAAUCCUUAAAAUCAGCCUUAAAAAAAAAAAAAAAAAAAAAAAAAAAACCCUAAGGUAUUUCUUGAUGUUGUGUUCUCCAUUUUCUCUAUUUGUCAAGUUGUGCAGUUGAGAGUUGUGCAUGUUCAUUGACAUGGAUUGAAUUGUCCAAAACCACAAGGAUAACAUGGGAAUAUUUUGUUUUCUGUUGGAUUAACUCUUUUAAGUUAUGGUAUGAGUUUGUAUUUGUAUUUAUAGGAGUGGUGAAUGUGAGGCCUGUGCUUUUCCUCCCCUUGUUUCCUUUUCUCAUCCCCUUCCAGACAAAGCUGGUAUUCAUGGUGUGACAUAUUACAGCCCUGUCUCUAUCCACAAAACCCGCUGGCUCUCAAAUAUAUCCUGGAUAACCUUUAAUACUAUACUAUGCAUCACUUACCAUACAUAUGAAGCCCUCUGAUGGAGCCUGACUCAUGUUUGCAGUGUCGCUGUCAUUGUCGACUUUGUGCUACUGUUAAUCAAAGCAGUCAACCGCACUGCUUGUGAGAUUUGCAAUAAGCAGCCAUUUUCAUUAUCUGUCCUCUAAAGGGAGAAAACUGUGAACUCUCAUGCGUAUAGAAGCAUAACCAAAUCUUACAACACAGAGUAAGCGAUAUUUAAAGGAGCUCUCCGACACUUGUGAUCAUGGCUUUGUCCCCACCUUGUUGUCUAAACUCACCCCCCCACCCAGCCCUCAUCCCUCCCUCCCUAAGGUGGAAUAACUUUGAAAAUUGUCUACCUGCUGUCAAGUGUGUCUGUGGAAACUACAGAUUCCCUAACACGAAAAAAAAAGAAAAAAAAAAAGAUUUGUAUUUUUUUCUGCUCUAUUUUAUUUUAUCUGGUCAUAUGACACUGGAUUGUUGUGAAGGCACUUGCUUGCAACGAUAGCAGCACAUAUACUGUUUACUGUCGGGGAGAAACCCAAUGACCUAUCUUCGAUGUAGUAUUGGACAUGGUUCCCCACAGAAGAAAAAAAAAAAAAGACGAUCUGCUGUAGGCAUCAGGAAAGUACUGUAAGUGAUGUGGUGAGUUGAAGGGUGGAAGGCCUGUAAU